UUAUAGCUUCCACUAAUAUACGGUUAUGGGACUGCAAUGAUGGGAAGCUCUGCUAGCCAGAGAACACGGCCUUUGCUAUUUAAUUAGUCACAUUAUGUGCAGCUUUUCUUCUACGCAAUAGAUUUUGAAUUUAUAUUUAUUGCUUUAACAACUAGAAGACAAAACCAGAAAAAAGUCUAAUCUACCUCAUUAUUGAGAAAAGCAAGACCAAAAUCGAACAAACCCAUAUAUAAAUGGGAGAAAGCUAUGAUUUAGGAAAUUUCUUUUUACUCUUAUUACAAGAGGUAGGUUUUGGGGGCGGGGGUGCAGAACCCAGGAAAUUAGUGUUGGUACCUAUAAAGAACAUUAGCAUAUGUCUGGCUAUGUUCUGUUGGCUGCUCCUGGCCUUUCAACCAUCCUGAGAACUUACUGAAGAUGAUUUCUGUAUUGCAUAUCUUUGCAGGCAGGGUUUUUCUCUAAAAAUACUUGAUCACAUUAGAAAUCCCUUUUUCUUCACAGGCUUUUCUUUGGUGUGUCAAAGAUUCAAUUGUGCCACUCAGUUAAUUCUCUGAGAUUCAGUGAAUUCUCUGACUACGUUAUGCUUUUGGGUAAUUGUCUGCAAAAACCCUAUAAAACAUGUAAUUGGAUUUGUUUGUAUAACUCGUAUGCCAAAAUAUUGCUCCAUGACCUUUUACCAUUGAGAGAGAAUAUUUUUCCUCACCUUGGAAAAAUCUGUGACUGCUGAAAGUUUUAUGGCACCCUACAUUCCUUAUUUUCCUGUUUUAAAAAGUAGUACUGAUUAGUAAUACCUAAAUAUAGUAGAGGACGAGUUAAGUGCACAGGUUCCAACUCUUAAUAGGGUUUAUAGGGCAUCAGGAAGUUCAUAUAAUACUUUCAAAAAUAACUACUGGGCCUUUCCCGCUCUUAAAAUUGCAUCCAGAUGUGGCUCUCUAAACAUGGCAGUGGCUUCACAUGCUGAUGUUUGAGGAGUGAAGAGGAUGUGUUAAAUCAGAUGAUGAUGGUGAUUUUGGCUGUUGUCUCAUCCGUGAAGAUCAUGUAAUUGAACUUCAUGUUGCUUUCAAGCCAUUCUAGGGCUUUGUUUGUUGCAACUGUUAGUACUUGCUGACCUCCUGAAGCAAAGGGCAAUGUGUAUUAAAAGAAUAUUCGAUCUGUUAUAGUUUUUACAUUAUUGUAUUGUACAUCAUACUUUUUCAUACAUUUAAUUUCAGUACUUAUGCUUUAUUUUAUUACAUUCGACGUCAUGUGUCUUUCUGUAGCACCACCUGUUCUUUUGAUCAAUUCAGUUCACAUUUCUGGGGGUUAUGCCCACCUCAAACUUUCUCCAUGUAUUCAUUGAUCUUAAGUGAAGCUCACAAUCUUCUUUGAAAUCACUUCUCUUUUUGAAUAUCACUUCAAGAUAAAGAAAAAAACCAAAACUAGACCCAAACUGCCUUUUUAUAGUACCAUUUCUCUGUAUUCACCAUAUGCAUUUCCUUGGAGAUCUCCUCUUAUCCAUUGCACGAAGGUCCAGUGACAAAUACCUCAAAGGACUGGAACAAGAACUUUGGAUACCCAUCCCAGCAAGUAGUGUGUUCCUCUGUGUAGCAUCUCCCAGAGAAUAAUGCUAAACUUUCAGCUAAUCUUGACCAAGUUACAGCUGAUAAAAUUCCUCAUAUUUUCAUGAAAUUUGGUAUACAGCUCUUUUUAAGUAAUCUUUUAAACAGCUUGUGAGCCAAGAUCCACCAAUUAGUGGUCAAGCCUUGCUACUCCCAAUCGUUCCAACAGAAGGCUGCUUGACUCACAAGUGGGGGACAAAGUCAGUUUCUUGGCAGUACCAGCUGGCAUUCCAUCGUGAACUAAUUGCAGCAUGUCAAGAUGGAGCAGUCACAGAUCAUCCAAUGAGACAUGAAGGCUCUUCAGUUCCUUUGUGAAGACAGCGUAAUCAUGGAAUUUAUGGAAACAAGACAUCGGAAGGGUGAUGUUGAGGAAGGUGCCAAAGUAAUACUUCACCAGAAAUGUCCAAGAGAUGACAGGCAGUGAUUUGAAGUAAAAGUUCUCAAGAUAGGAGAUUUCCUCUUCUUUCAAGAGCAUUGGAGAUGUUGUGAUGACUUUGAGAUGGGACAAAAAGUCAAAAGAAAGCAAAGUAAAAUGAAAAUGUAGCUGAGAGAAUAGAACAAAAUCAGGGCUAUUGUUGGAAACCCAGUCCAGGAAAUCUUGGAGUGCUGGAAGAGGAGAAAAUGUAUCAUGAACACAGGGAUUGGAAGUCUGAGGGCAUGGAAGUUCCUGGAAUACAUCAAGAAUGCCAUCCUCAACCUGGGCAGGCUUAAGCUAUCAUCCUAUGUAGAUGUGUUUGAUUUCCUGAACACCAUCACUGCCAUAUGAGGAUGUGGUGCUCAUCAGUAUACUGACCACGGAGGUGCAGAGAUAAACGUUGCUAUAUUUGCUUCAGCAAGAAACCUCCAGCACGGAACUGAGAACUGAAUGUGCGGUAGUGCUAGGAAGCCUUGCGAUGGGUACAGAAAACAAUGUCAAAUCUCUACUAGACUGCCAUAUUAUCCCAGCCUUAUUGCAAGGAUUGCUGUCACCAGAACUGAAAUUUAUUGAAGCUUGCCUCCGAUGUCUUCGUACCAUUUUCACCAGCCCAGUAACUCCAGAGGAACUAUUGUAUACAGAUGCUACAGUUAUCCCCCACCUAAUGGCACUGCUUAGUAGGUCUCGAUAUACACAAGAAUACAUAUGUCAGAUCUUCUCACAUUGCUGCAAACUUCGACACUGGCAUAGCUGCGGCUUUAAAUCAUCGCCUCAGCCACUUCUAUGUGCCAAUGGUCCAGAUCAUCAGACAAUCUUGUUUAACCAUGGAGCAGUUCAGAAUAUUGCUCACCUAUUAAGUUCCACGUCCUACAAAGUUCGAAUGCAAGCAUUGAAAUGCUUCUCAGUUCUAGCCUUUGAAAACCCCCAGGUAUCAAUGACUCUUGUAAAUGUUUUGGUUGAUGGAGAAUUAUUACCACAGAUUUUUGUGAAGAUGUUACAAAGAGACAAGCCUAUUGAAAUGCAGCUCACAUCAGCCAAAUGCCUUACUUACAUGUGCAGAGCAGGAGCAAUCCAGACAGAUGAUAACUGCAUUGUUUUAAAGACACUGCCAAGUUUGGUUCGGAUGUGUAGUAAGGAAAGAUUGUUGGAGGAACGAGUAGAAGGAGCCGAAACACUUGCCUAUCUAAUUGAAACAGAUGUUGAGCUCCAGAGAAUCGCCAGUAUUACAGACCAUCUUAUUGCAAUGCUUUCUGACUACUUCAAGUAUCCCAGUUCAGUCAGUGCAAUCACCGAUAUCAAAAGGCUUGACCAUGAUUUAAAGCAUGCUCACGAACUGCGCCAGGCUGCGUUCAAGCUGUAUGCUUCACUUGGAGCAAAUGAUGAAGACAUCCGGAAGAAGAUCAUUGAGACUGAAAAUAUGAUGGACCGAAUUGUGAAUGGCUUGUCUGAGUCUAGUAUCAAGGUGCGGCUAUCUGCAGUCAGAUGUUUGCACAGUUUGUCCCGGUCUGUGCAGCAGCUACGGACAAGUUUCCAGGAUCAUGCCGUAUGGAAACCCUUAAUGAAGGUUUUACAGAAUGCUCCAGAUGAAGUCCUGGUGGUAGCAUCUUCCACACUAUGCAACCUUCUCCUUGAAUUCUCCCCAAGCAAAGAGCCUAUUUUAGAAUCAGGAGCCAUAGAACUUCUAUGUAGUUUAACCCAGAGUGAAAAUCUUGCUUUGCGAGUGAAUGGCAUUUGGGCUUUAAUGAACAUGGCAUUUCAAGCAGAACAAAAGAUCAAAGCAGACAUCUUACAAGGUUUGAGUACAGAACAAUUAUUCCAGUUACUCUCUGAUUCAGAUGUAAACGUGCUAAUGAAAACUUUGGGACUGCUCAGAAAUCUUCUGUCUACUCGCCCACAUAUAGACCAGAUAAUGAGCACCCAUGGAAAGCAAAUCAUGCAAGCAGUGACUCUUAUUUUGGAAGGGGAGCACAAUAUCGAGGUCAAGGAGCAGACAUUAUGUAUACUCGCCAACAUAGCAGAUGGAACAACAGCAAAAGAACUCAUUAUGACCAAUGAUGACAUCUUGCAGAAAAUUAAGUAUUACAUGAGUCAUUCGAAUGCUAAACUUCAGCUUGCUGCCAUGUUUUGCAUAUCUAAUCUCAUAUGGAAUGAAGAAGAAGGUUCACAAGAACGCCAAGAUAAACUACGAGAUAUAGGAAUAGUAGAUAUUCUACACAAACUGAGUCAGUCAUCAGAUCCAAAUCUUUGUGACAAGGCGAAGACAGCACUCCAGCAGUAUCUUGCAUGAUCAAAGACUAAGUGAAUCUUUGGACACCCCUCGUGUGUUUAAGGACUAAAAGGAAAUAGCCUCAACUGAUUCCUUAUAUUUGCACAAGUCACCUUGGGCUGCAUUUCUCUCAGGUGCAGGGAGCUGCUUUGCAGAAACAGUUUAGGUGAUCAGGUCUCCAAUGCACUUGAACUUUCUUGAGGUAGUUCUUUACUCAGAGGACUAUUGUGGGGGGGGGGGUAUUUUUGUGUUUUUUUCCUGAGCUACCUGGACUCUCUAAUAGAACAAUCAAUCAUCAUUUUCUUUUGGGCCUAUAAUUUUCUGCUUUUGCUGCAGCCUGCGUGUGUGUUUGGGUGUAUGUGUGAGUGUGAUACCUCAGAAUUUUGUUUUCCUUUUUUGUGUGAAAAUCUUUUUCUACACAUUUUCAUGGGUUAACCAUUGUUUGCUGUAUGAAUACUUUAAUGAAUUAUAUACAGUUUGAAUGAAAUGUUAUUUAAAAAAACACACUGUAUCCCAUAAAGUUUAUUUUGAAUUUUGAACAGGUGAAUGUUUUUAAGUAAAACAUAUGCAUUUCUGAACCUAAGCUUAACUUAUAUUCCUUUUUGAAGAGAAAAAUUGAGGAAUACAGUAGACUCAAAUAACAGCCAGCACAUUCUGUGCUAUGAAAAAAUCUAAGAGAUAGCAUUUUACUGCCCCACAGUCAACAGGUACUGAUGUCAUUUUCAGCUCAGUAGAAUGGGUCAGAAUGAUUGUUUGGGGUUUUUUAAUGUUUAGAAGACAAGGGUGGACUCUCACUCUCACCAAUUGUAUAACUGUUCUGUUGAUCUUCUGCCAAAAAGAAAUAUGUGGAUGUAAUAUCAGCACUGGCUUGGGGGAAUGAGCCUAUUGCUGUGAAAUCCAAGAUCUUGCUGAGAUUAUUGCUGAAAGAUUGGCUUGUCUCAGUGAUAAGGAACACCAGCUGACUGUGACACCAAGAUACAUCAAACAGGUAGCACGUUGCAAGACUUGUACUUUCAAGAUACCAAAAGGACCUGGCAAGUUAUGGCUUAAGGGACUUGUUUGGUCAUACAGAUCAGUUCACUGCUAUAUAAAUAUUUCUCCAUAAUAUUAGCUGAAUAGGUUAGAUUGCAGGAGAAUGGACACGUUAUUAGAAAAUUAUCUCCCAGUGACAUUGCUAUAGUAAUAGCAAUAUAUAUACAGACAUAUCCAGGAAUUCAUAUACAUGGAUAAUAGCCCAGAUUUUACUGCAUUUAAAGGAUCAGGUUAUCAAAACCUGGCCUUUAUCUGUGUGCCUACAAUUUGUGGGCACCUAAAAUGGUGGCUUUAGUUAUUUGUAGAAACAGCAUUUACCUUCCUCAUUGCAAUCAGAUAUUUGGACUACUAAAUGACUGACAUUAUGCCUGUAAUUAAAUUGUGGUGAAAUAUUGUAUCUGCAAGAAUUCAUAUCCACUCAAUUGUGGGCAGAAAAAGGGAAAACCAUUUAAGAUUAUGCUGAAAAUCAGACCCUACAUUAUUACUGAAUUCAGCUUCAGGAGUUAAAUGUGUGUAGAAAGAAGUGAGUGCAGCAAGAAGCUCUCCCAGACUGCAAUUCAGGGUUUCUACUUUCCUCCUGCAGUACAUUUACCAUCUGCUUUCUGGUUUUCAGUUUAGGGAAUGGCAUUAAUAGAGUCAAAAUCCUCACACGCUAUGUCUACUUAGCACUAAAGGGCAAACUGAAGAAUUCAACUCUACCUUAAAAAAACUCCUUUUGCAGUUUGAGCUUCAGGUCAAGAGGAUAGGACUGUAACUUGACUAACCAGUUUUCACAAAUGUAAUCUCAAACCUUUAUCCUUUAUUUCUAAGCAGUGUCAGGUUAUAAUUGCCUUACUUUUCUAGUAGUCCUAUUAAUUUAAAGGAAACUAUUUGUGUGAGCAAAAGGCGAUCACAGUUUGGCCCAGAGUUUGAAUGUUAUGUAUUGUAAAACUGUUACCAUUUGGUUGCAAAGGAAAAUACAAUUUUAUAUAAGUUUAAUGUAGUUGUUUUCCCACUCUGAAAAUCAUAUAAAAGUGAGCACUUAACACUUUUUUCCAAUGUGGACAUGGCAAUAAGUGAGUGGCCAUUUCUUAUUAUUGCUACAAGUCUUUGGUAAUGGGUCUGCACAGAGAGGCAAGUAUGAAUAUGUGAGAACCUGAUAAAUAUCUAGUAUCUCAGAAAUAAAAGCCUUAUUUAAAAAGUAAAAUGAACCAUAGUUUUGGUAGCACUGAGAAAACACUUCCUUGGUCAAACUUUAUAUACACGUGGGGGCUAAACUUUCAAAAUAGCCUGAGCUUGAACUCUAAAUUUACACUCCUGAUAUUUUGUGCGCACAUUUUCAUGUGCUCAAGUUUUUGCAUGCCCCUCUACUCACAUCUGCAAAUCAGAGUUUGUGUUAAAAAAAUUGGAUGACAAAAAUUGUACACAAAAGUGUGCAAAUUUAGGUGUGCAUGUUUAGAGACUUUUUUUUUUAAAUGUGGCCCUAAAUGUACCAGAAAACUUAAAAAUAAUGCUCAGACAAUCUGGAUACUGCAUGGGGGAAAAAGUCAACCUUUUCCAUAAUAUCAAGCUGAUAGGUCAAAUGUCCAAUGAAAUAACAUUUUUACAUUCAGUUAAGCUUUGUGAAUAAUUUUUGAUGUUGCUGUAGGUAUGUACAAAUAGAAAACAUAAAUACUGUAAAUAAAUAAAAAGUACUUUACCAGAA